AUGAUUAUUGAAUCAGUGCUGUUGAGUAGCUGUGUGUUUGUGAGCUUGCUUACCUGUGUAAUUUAUAGAAGUUCCCGAUCUAGGGAUUAUAAGUUCUUACAACUAGUCCAAAUCAACCAAGCCACAGGCACACUGACUUACACUUAUCAGGAGCUUCAAGAAGCGACGGAUGGAUUCAAAGAAGAACUAGGUAGGGGUGCCUUUGGAGCAGUGUACAAAGGUGUUCUUGGAUCCAAGGAUACCAACUUUGUGGCAGUAAAAAUGUUGAUGGCAUGGACCGGAGAAAGUGAAAAGGAGUUCGAAAGAGAACUAGUGGAGAGCGAUGAGGAGGCAUCAAGGGACAUAAAGAUGGUGAAAAGAUUUGUGAUGAUAGCAUUGUGGUGCAUCCAGGAAGAUCCGGCUUUGAGGCCAACCAUGAAGAAAACUACUCAGAUGUUGGAAGGAGUGGUUGAAGUCCCAGUACCACCAGUUCCAAGCUUUUUUACUACUUCAAUAUGA